UCUAAUUGCUGUAACCAUCGAAUAUAUUACUAUUAACCUUCCAUUGAAACCUUUGUUUAUUGUACAUGGUGUCAGAAGUGGGAUUCGAUGGCUACGUUCAGACUGCAACCUCCAGCUCCUUUCUCCUUCAAAAGCCCAGACGAAUGGCCCAGGUGGAAAAAACGCUUUGAACAGUUCAGAGCUGCAUCGGGUCUUAAUGAGGAGGCUGGAGAGAAGCAAGUUAGUACUCUCCUGUAUGCUAUGGGGGAGGAUGCAGAAGACACUCUCGCGUCCAUGAAUCCUUCAGCAGAUCAGAGGAAAGACUAUGGAGAGGUGAUAAAGAAGUUUGAUGACUUCUUCAAAGUUAGAAAGAACGUCAUCUUCGAACGCGCCCGUUUUAAUAAGAGAUGUCAGGGUAGUGACGAAUCUGUCGAGCAGUUUAUUACUAGCUUGUAUAGUCUGGCAGAUGGCUGUGACUAUGGGGAGUUCAGAGAGACCAUGAUACGAGAUAGAAUAGUAGUGGGUAUUCGAGACAAAGUAUUAUCAGAAAGCUUGCAAAUGGAUGCCAAGCUAACACUGGACGAUGCGAAAAGGAGAGCUCGUCAAAGAGAGGCCGUCAGUGGACAGCAGGGCGUGAUACAAGAUAAGUCCUCGGACGUUAAAGUGGAACAUAUCAAGGGUAAGAAGAAUCCUCCACCAAAGCCUGGAGCCCGAUAUAGGAGCAGAGCUGUGGAAUCUCGAGGACAACCUAAGGAUAACGGUCGAAGCUCUCCGGCGAGAUGUACUCGGUGUGGACGAGGGAAGCACGCUCGACAUGAAUGCCCUGCCAGAGAAGCCGUGUGUCACUUGUGUAAAAAACGAGGACACUUUCAAGCACAAUGCUUCCAUGCCGCCCGAAAUAAACAGCAGUCCUCGAGCAAGGUAGGAGCUGUCACUGGUUCGGAUGAAGAAGACCUCAUUUAUUUAAACACUAUUGUUACUGUAGACGCAAUUAAUGGCAGUACAUGGCUCGACAAGAUUACAAUUAAUAACACAGAAACAGUAUUUAAGAUAGAUACUGGAGCAGAGGUCACAGUAAUUACUGAAGAGGUACUAAAGAGUUUGGGCUGCAGACACAAGUUACUAAAACCUGACAGAGUUCUAUGUGGUCCUGAUGGUAGCAGAUUGCCAGUAGUGGGACAAAUUGAUGUAAAGCUGUCGUAUAAAGAUCGAGAAACCGUGCAGACUGCUUACGUGCUGAGGAAUCUCAAACUUAGCCUCCUAGGACUACCGGCUAUCAGGGAGCUACGGUUCAUAUCGCAAGUGAAUGGAGUCGAUGAGCAGUCAGUCAAGGAGCAGUACCCGUCACUAUUUGAAGGAUUGGGCACAUUCAAACGUGAGUACGAAAUCAAAUUGAAGCAUGAUGCACAACCACACACACUGUACACUGCACGCACUGUCUCACUACCAUUACGUAAGAAGGUGAAGGAAGAAUUAGAUCGAAUGGAGGGCCUUGGGGUAAUUACCAAAAUUGAGCAGCCUACGGAAUGGUGUUCAGGCAUGGUAGUGGUACCAAAGAAGUCUGGCUCAGUCCGUAUAUGUGUAGAUUUUAGAGCUUUAAACGAAAGCGUAUUAAGAGAAGUGCAUCCCCUUCCCACUGUGGAUGAGACACUAGCUCAUUUGAAUGGUGCCAGUGUAUUUAGCAAGCUAGAUGCCAACAGUGGGUUCUGGCAGAUCCCCCUGGCAGAGAAUUCUAAGCAUCUCACUACAUUUAUCACACCCUAUGGCAGAUAUUGCUUUAAUAAGCUGCCAUUUGGCAUAAGCAGUGCCCCUGAGUAUUUCCAACGCUGCAUGACCGAGAUUUUAACAGGCCAGGAGGGAGUCCUUUGUCACAUUGAUGAUAUAAUAAUAUUUGGGAAAAAUCAAAAAGAGCAUGAUAGCAGAUUACAUGCAGCACUGAAGAAAAUUCAGGCUGCUGGGGUUACAUUGAAUGAGAAAAAGUGUGAGUUUAAUAAAAGCUAGAUUUUGUUUCUAGGCCACAUCAUCAAUCAUAGGGGCAUCUCUGCUGAUCCAUCCAAAACGUCAGCUAUUGUAGAGAUGAAGCAGCCAACUUCUUUGAGUGAGCUGAGGAGGUUCAUGGGUAUGGUGAACCAACUAGGAAAAUUCACCCCUCAUUUGGCAGAGCUGGCACAGCCCCUGAGAGAGCUACUUAGCACUAAAAACGCUUGGGUCUGGGGACCCUCUCAGGAAGAAGCAUUUCAAAACAUCAAAGAUGAAAUGGUUAAGCCCACAAUGCUAUCAAUCUAUCAUCCAGAUGCUCCAACCAAGGUCAGUAGUGAUGCUUCAGCAUUUGGAUUAGGAGCCGUAUUACUACAGCAGCAGGCUGAGGAGAGGUGGAAACCAGUGGCAUAUGCAUCAAGAUUUAUGAGUGAGACAGAGCAAAGGUAUUCUGAAAUAGAGAAGGACGCUCUUGGAAUAGUUUUGGCAUGUCACAAGUUCAGAGAUUACAUUCUAGGGAAGCAUAUCUGUAUUGAAACAGAUCACAAGCCACUGGUUCCUCUCCUUGGAAAGACGAGUCUUGCUAAUCUACCUCCUCGAAUCCUCCGGUUCAGACUGAGAUUAUGACGGUUUCAAUAUGAUAUCUCCCAUGUUCCAGGCAAGCUGCUGUAUACAGCUGACACUUUAUCAAGAGCUCCAGUUACUCAGGUAGCUAAAGAUAGGGAAGACGUGGUGAUGGAAUCAUUCCUUCAUGCUAUUGUGUCAUCUCUUCCUGCAAACAGCUCAAAACUGGAGGAAUACAAGCAAGGUCAAGAGAAGGAUAGGAUAUGUGCACAGAUUAUUCGAUUUUGUCAGUCAGAAUGGCCAAACAAGUGUAACAUUUCGAAGGAAUUACAGCCAUACUGGACUGUUAGAGCAGAGCUAUCGUACAUUGAUAAUUUGUUGCUAUACAGAAAUCGAAUUGUGAUACCUAAAGGUUUGCAAGACAUAACUCUUCACAAAAUUCAUCAAGGUCACCAAGGAAUCAGUAAAUGUUACGAAAGAGUUGUGACAGCAGUCUGGUGGCCAGGAGUGAUCAAAGACAUGGAAGCCUUUAUUAAGUCUUGCCCUCAGUGCUCUCAAAGGACCCCACUGACCUGUGAGCCCCUCCUGCCAACCACAUUACCUAAUCAUCCUUGGGAAAGAGUAGCUGCUGAUCUGUGCCAACUAAAAGGGUCAGUUUAUCUAGUGGUGGCUGACUAUUAUUCUAGGUUUAUUGAAGUGAAGCAAAUGGCUUCAACCACAGCUACAAAGGUCAUAGAAGCUCUGAAGUCUAUAUUUUCUAGACAUGGAAUUCCAGAAGUACUCAUUUCAGAUAAUGGUCCUCAAUUUGCAAGCAGUGAAAUGCAGGAGUUCGCAGCUCAGUACAGAUUUACUCAUAUUACAAGCAGCCCACUCUACCCCCAAUCAAAUGGAUUAGCUGAGAGGUCAGUGAGGACUGUAAAGGGGCUGCUACAAGAUGCAGAGGAUCCUUACUUAGCUUUGUUAGCUUACAGAGCAACUCCUUUGCCAUGGUGUCAUUUUAGUCCUGCAGAGCUGCUAAUGGGGCGUAGAAUCAGAACAGAGGUACCACAGACGCAGGAGCAAUUCAAACCUAAAUGGCCUUACCUGGAGAAGUUUGAAAGAGCUGAGGAAAGACACAAGCUGAAGCAAAAACAGAAUUUUGAUAAGAGAAGAAGAGCUCGAUCUCUACCAGCAUUAGAAAUGGAUACUCUGGUAUGGGUCAAUUUUCAAAACCAUCAGGUACCUGGAACCGUGGCUGAUUCGGCUGAUACCCCCCGAUCUUACCACGUAAAUAUACCAACAGGUCAAGUGAGACGUAAUAGAAGGGACCUUAGACCUCGUCAAGACUGUGGUCGUGACGCAAUCGAGAGUGAACCUGAAGAUCCUCCCAGUGGUAUCAGGACCCGAUCACGUACAGGUACCAGUCUACGUCCUCCUGAUCGCCUCACAUAUUAUCAGUAGGACUGAUCUCAAAAGGGGAGAUGUAAUACAUAUGUGUAUAUUGCUUAAUUAGUAUUAUUACUGUUUAUCUAAAGUGGUUAAUAUAGUAUAUUUUAUGUAACCAUAGUAACAGGAUAUUUUCUAUAUAAACAGUUGUGUUGCUUAUCAUUUAUCUUUCUUUUGUUCUCACAGUUUCUCUGAUAUUUAUCUAAUUUCUGUAACCAUCGAAUAUAUUACUAUUAACCUUCCAUUGAAACCUUUGUUUAUUGUA